AUGAGUACCAACAACACACAAGUAGAUAGCGUUGCUCUUCUCCAGCGACUAAGGGACAUUAGCGACGUUCUUCGAGACAGUAUUUUGACGGCACGAAGUUUAUUAUCCUCCACCGGUGCUGAUGGCAUCGUUCCACUCGAUUACAUUCAGAACCUUGAAGACAACUCCAUAAACGAUUUACUACCAGAAUUUGUUGAAAUAGAAAAUCAGAUUAUUGGCUUAUCCGACAACGAUUGUUUCCGUGAGCCCAUUAAUACAGUUUACAACAGUUUUAGUGAUUUAGCUGAACUGAUUGGCCGCAUGAUUCUAGGAUCUCAUGAGUUCUCCAAAGUUGAGUUGCCAGAUGAUAGAGAGGAUGUGGAGAGGCUAGCUCAAAUUAUAAUUUCUGCCAAUCAUGUUAAUGGAGAGUGCUCGAUUUGCACCGAGCCUUUUCAACUGGGGGAAGAUGCCCGACAGAUGCCUUGUCAUGAAUCCCACAUAUUCCAUACUCACUGCCUUCUUCGAUGGCUGGAAAGCAGUAAUUCUUGUCCCAUCUGUAGAACUCGUUUACUCAGAUCGAUAACUUCUACUGCAACUUAG